AUGUCUUCUAGCAGAAAGGUAGUGGUGGUAGGCGCCGGCGUCGUUGGGCUUACGUCCGCUCUCCAGCUCAAGCGUGCUGAUCCAAAGUACGACAUUACCAUUGUGGCUGCACAUAUACCAGGUGAUUUGAGCUUAGGUUACGCUUCUCCAUAUGCUGGAGCCAACUGGCACUCAUUUGCCGGGAAGAACGAUAAAAGACUUCAGGAAUUGGAUGAACCGGGAUACCAUGAGUUCCAAAAGCUUGCUGAUAAUCCCCAAUCAGGAGUCUGGCGUCGUCCUAACUCUAAUUACUAUACGCAUCUUGCUUUGGCAAGGGUGAAUGGCGACUCCUCCGAGUAUAACCAUUGGUUUGGUGAUUUUGCCAACGAAAGAGAGAUUAAUAAGGAGGAUCUUCUCCCAGGUACUGUCUACGGUACGGAAUUUGAUGGCGUGGUCAUUUCUGUACCUAUUUAUUUGAACUACCUCUUGCAGGAGUGUUUCAAGCUUGGGGUUACCUUAAAGAGAAUCAGUUUCCUAACCAACAUUGACGAUGCCUUACACCUUCAUUCUUCUGGUGAGAAAGCAGAUCUAGUCAUCAAUUGCGCUGGUCUCAUGGCCUAUAGGAUUGAUGGUGUUAAUGACGCAAGACGGAAUUUCCCAGUCAAGGGACAAGUCCUUCUCGUCAGAAACAAUAUCAGCAGAAUCAUCUGCGUUGAAGGGUUUGAAGAGCCCAAUGAAAUGCUUUACAUGUUCCCACGUAAAGAGGGAGGUACUAUCAUUGGUGGUAGCUUCUUGCAGGAGAACUGGGACCCUCAGGAGGAUAAAGCGCUCUCGGUAAAGAUCUCACAAAGAGCGGUAGCAUUUGCGCCUGAGAUCAUUGACCCGGCAAAGAACAACCCAAAUUUCCUCGAUGUCGUCCAAGUGAACGUUGGCCUUAGGCCGUUCAGAGACGGAGGUAUGCGUAUCGAGGUGGACACCAGACGCAAAUGGCUCAUCCACAACUACGGCGCUGGCGGCGGUGGAUACCAAGGCAGCUACGGGUUUGCCAAGCGUGUGGUGGAGUUGGCAGCACAAAAUUUACCCAAGCUUUAA